AUGGGGAAGAUGCUGCUGUGGGCAAGUCUGGCCAUUUUGCUGCACUUGCAGCUUGGCUCUUCCUACAAGUUGGUCUGUUAUUUCACGAAUUGGUCACAGUACAGGCCUGACCCUGCCAGAUAUAAACCAGCAAAUGUGGACCCAUGCCUGUGCACCCAUGUCAUCUAUGCCUUUGCUACCAUGAGCAACAACAAGAUUGCCCCCUAUGAAUGGAAUGAUGACGUCCUCUAUCCACAGUUCAAUGGCCUAAAAAAAUACAAUGAGAAAAUGGUCACCCUGUUGGCCAUUGGAGGAUGGAACUUCGGCACCCAGAAGUUCACCACAAUGGUUUCUACACCUAAUAAUCGCAAGACUUUCAUCGAUUCCGUGGUUAUUUACCUCCGUCAAUAUGGGUUUGAUGGGAUUGACUUAGACUUUGAAUACCCAGGUUCUCGGGGCAGCCCUCCUGAGGACAAGCAGCUUUUCACUAUCUUAGUCAAGGAAAUGCUGGCUGCUUUCUCAAGUGAAGCCACCAGGAGUGGGCAACCCAGACUGUUGAUCACUGCUGCUGUGUCUGCUGGCAAAGCAACUAUUGAUGCUGGAUAUGAAAUUGCAGAGAUAGGAAAGGUUCUAGAUAUCAUCAGUGUGAUGAGCUAUGAUUUCCAUGGAGGAUGGGACACUUUCACAGGACACAACAGCCCCCUGCAUGUUGGAUCUGCAGAUAAAGGCGAUUUUGUAUACUUCAACUGUGAAUUUGCAAUGAAAUACUGGCUAGAAAAUGGAGUUCCAGCUGAGAAGCUUAUGAUGGGGUUUCCUACCUAUGGCCGCACCUUCAGGCUUACCACAACUGACACAUCAGUUGGUGCUCCGGCAUCUGGUGCUGGAUCCAUUGGACCUUACACAAGGGAAGCUGGUUUCUGGGCUUAUUAUGAGAUUUGUACAUUCUUACCAGAAGCAACAAUCGUCUGGAUUGAAGAUCAGAAAGUCCCUUAUGCUUUCCUGGGGAAUGAGUGGGUUGGGUUUGACAAUCUAACAAGCUAUGAGUACAAGGUUGAAUUUUUGAAAGCAAACCAUUUUGGAGGAGCCAUGGUUUGGGCCAUUGACCUGGAUGAUUUCCUGGGCAAUUUCUGCAAUAAGGGGCCAUAUCCUCUCAUAUCGUAUCUGAAGACAUUGCUUGACAUACAGACUCCAGGUUGUGUAGCUCCACCCCCUCCAACAGUUCCUCCUCCUCUUAUUUUCUGUGAAGGAAAAGCUGAUGGUAUCUAUGCCAAUCCAGACGACAAAAACAAAUUUUACGAAUGCUCUGGGGGCAACACCAUUGUUAAGAGUUGUGGAGCAGGUUUGGUGUUUGACGAGAGCUGCAAGUGUUGUAACUGGCCUUGA